AUGAGUUCCGACUGUUCCUUGGCCAGCAAAUAUCAAACAGUUCUUCAACUAUACCCCUCUGCCAGUCCCGUGGGUCAACAGUUUCCAAAUUAUACAAAUGCAGACAAUCCGCAUACAUCGGAACGCCCGAUCGAGACUGGCUUCCAACCACAUUCACCUCUGUCUUCUGAUGUGCAACCAGACCAAUUGAUCAAAGUGGAAAAUAUCACACCAAGCAAACCGGGGUCCAGCGAUUGGAGUGGGACACUGAGUCAGACGGCGAAUCCGUCGGAGUUAAGCCAAUUCACAACUGAUUCGAAUGUGACAACCGAUUGCAGAGAUGUCACUAUAGAGACCAGUGAAUCUGUUUCACAAUGGGUCAACAAUUCCCUCGAAGAGGAAACCUCGACGCUUGAUCUGAUGACUGACCCCAAUUCCAGUUUGUCACUAUGGACAACCUGCAGUCUGCCGAAACUUCCCUUCCAUUCAUCUCGCAUCAAUGACCCAAGGUUCACAUUCCCAGAAAAUCUGACUACGUCACCCCUCAGUCCAUCUACCCACGUGGACCAGGACCUGGUCUCAGAAAACACACAAUCCUCCUGUUUCCCUCUGAUCGGUUAUUCCCGUAUGAACUAUCCAUCACGUCAGACAGCACCAGGUUCAACAGUCAAUGCGGAACCAGGUUUUUCAGAACUACAUCCCGCUUGUGAGCCGGCUGCUACUUCUCGACCUCAAUUUGUACCAUCACCACAUUCAUCGACUACCUCUGGAGAGCAUUCGACCAAGAGACAUGGAAUUUCAGAAUCAUUCGAAGCGAAUCCUAUGGUGACUUUCACGACGACAUCUUCCGCCAGUGAACAGACUACUCAAAAGCUAUGUACUUCCUCUUACAACGUAUCCUAUCCUCCACCAGUUGCUUCAAAUCUUUCGGGUUAUAUGAAUUCAGACUACCCGUGGGACCGUCCAUUUUUGUCGAGUGAAUCGAUUUCGGACGAGACAAAUCUGUACUCGACGGAAGCAACUUCAUCAUCCAUGUAUGAGUCCGUGACGUUUGAAAAUAAUGCUAAAUCACCCUGUCUAACAGCUUACUCAGAACACGGGAAAAGUCGUGGCACGACGGAGCCCGAAAACACCGAAAUAAUUCAAUGUGUCCAGUGUGGUAUCUGUGGCCCGACGGGCACAGUCGGUUGGACGCGAGAUCCACGAACAGAAUUGUUUCUCUGUUCAGCUUGUGGUCUGUCUCGUCAGUGCAGCACAAAAGAGACCGAUUCAGAAACAAUCACGGAUCAGUAUACGAUGCGGCCAGCCGGUUCACCUGCAUACGUGGCCCUCGUGCAUGAAUCAUCUCGGCCGGGACGAACCAGCCAUAUUCCUUCUUUAUAUGUUGGUGGGACAGAGGUCACAAAUACUAUUCCAAAUCCUUACUACUUCCCAAGUGUUAACGCACAAUCUUUACCGGGGACCACAUCGGAACUGGGAAAUCGAACUGAUAUUCGGACCUUUCGGGACUGUCCCGUGGGUUCGAACAAUCAACAUGAAGAAAGAUGCACAACCUGGAACAAGCACCGUUCCGAUGUCGGUUGGGAAUGCAACAGUCAGAACCCAUUUGGGCUGUUUAGUCCGCCAUUUUUGCCUCAUGUGCCAAGUCGAUCGAAGACGACAGCAGAUGUAUCCGGAAGUGAUAGUGGACAAGUAAAACUGUCCGGUUGGGAAAGGUUACCUCGACUUAAUUCCAUCUCGUACGGGAUGAAUGCAUUACGUCAUUCAAAGGAUGACCAACUGUACACUUUGGGUCAGGCAUGUCGUCGUCCGGGUCAGUUGUGCACCAACUGUAAUACAUCGGCAACCACACUUUGGCGUCGGAAUGCUGACGGAGAUCCCGUAUGCAACGCGUGUGGGCUGUACUACAAGCUACACAAGUUCCCUAAGUCAUCGAGUGAUCGAUGCUCAUCAUACAAUCUGGACAUGCGCAUCCCAUCCAUUGGCUCAGAUUCUUGUGUGUUUGGAUCGUAUUCGGGAGUAUCGACUAACAACGCACCUUGCGAUCGGAUUAUGAUGUCCUCAUCAAGCAUUCAACAACCCAACGGUUCCGGUAUCCUUGUGGGCACACACAUUCGAAGCGACUGCUUUGAACAACUUCAACCGGACAGAUUCACAUUCUCUUCGGGUAGUGAGGAGAAAGAAAAACAGAAUUUAUCCUCCAAUUGCACUCCCCCGGUGCGAAAAGUGUGCCUCAGUGAUGUCGGAGAAUCUGAUUCACAAUCGUCUUCAUCAUCGACCAAGUUGGAUGAUAACGAGGGAUCCGUGCACAAGAAACGUGACCAACCCGGAUGGGACAUCUUCCCUGCAGACACCGGAUGUGAGCCUGUGUUUCCAUCACAAGCAUAUUGCGAAACACCGAUACAUAACGAUACCGCGUGA